AUGCUGUCCUCUUCCUUUUCUGCUUCUCUGGCUCUGGCGCUGGGAUGUGCGUCCCUCCUGACCUUUUCAUCAGCGGCACCUAGCCCCCUCAAGCGGAACCAGCCCAAUAUUGUGCCGCCUGCGCAGUUGGGUGCUGGAGGUGAUCCUCGCAAUGCCGGCUGGAACAUCUCCCAGGGCUACCAGCCCAACUCAUCCUACUUCGUCGAGAAGCCGACUUACCAGGUCUUCUCCAACUUCGACUUCCAGUCGAUCGCUCUCGCCUUGCACCAAGAGUAUAUCGAGCUCGACCUGUUCAACUAUGGGCUGGUCAAGUUCUCGGACGCUGACUACGAUGCGGCUGGUAUCGAUGCGGAGGAUCGCCAUCUGAUUCGUCAUUUUGCUCAGCAGGAGAUCGGCCAUGCUGUCGCCUUGUCAAACAUGCUGGGCCCCAACGCUCCCAAAAUGUGCUCGUACCGCUACGACUUCCAGACGGUACCCGAGUUCAUCGACUUCAGCCAGAGACUCACCAAGUGGGGCGAGUCCGGUGUCUAUGGCUUCCUCAACCUGCUCGACAACCGAGCUAGUGCUCAGAUCUUGCUGCAGUCCAUCACCACCGAGGCUCGUCAGCAGUUUGCCUUCCGCCAAUUUGAAGGACUGUUCCCCGUGCCGGAGUGGUUCGAGACGGGCAUUCCUCAGUCCUGGGCCUGGACUUUGCUGAGUCCUUGGAUCGUCUCUUGUCCCAAAGAGAACAAGCCCAUCGCCUUUGAGAUCUAUCCCGCUCUCAACUGGACAAACCAGCCGGAUGCCAUCGCGGCUGGACAGGCAGCUGGAGGACCAUCGAUCUCGAACAACGUGACCGCUCUGACCUCAGAAGGUCAGGAGAACACGUUCCAGUGGGACUAUCCCGGCAAGACGCAAGGCCCUUACCAGCAGACGACCACGACGCACACUUCGGGCGUACCCAAGUUUGCUGCUUACGUCUCGCAGUUCAAUGUCACCUACGCACCUCUCUACGACGUCGACAUGGAUGCACGCACUGCCAAAGCUAGGCAGCCCGGCGGCAAGGUGUACCCCGAAGGCCCGUCGCUGAUCAACAGCACGAUCUUUGUGGCUCUCACAUCGAACGAUGCUCAUUACACACCUGCGAACUUGACCCUCAUUAACAAUCACGUUGUCGCAGGUCCUGCCAUCUACCAGGCAGGAUAG